GGGGGAUAACGUGCAGUCAGUAUACAGUCAAGAUGACGUCAUGGGGUUUUCCAGACCCCACCCACAUAGGUCAUAAUUGAGGUCACAAUCAAGGGGGCAGUACACAGUCAAGGGGGUAGUACACAGUCAAGGGGAGCAGUACACAGUCAUGGGGGUAGUACACAGUCAAGGGGGUAGUACACAGUCAAGGGGCAGUACACAGUCAUGGGGUGAGUACACAGUCAAGGGGUGAGUACACAGUCACCGACGUCACAAAAAUGUUAUAAUAAAUACCACAUAAAAUUACUAGAUCUGUGAUAACGAUGGAAACUCAGAGAAAGCAGUAUAAAUGGAAAAUUGUAGCCUGGAAUGCUUUAAGAAGAAAUGAGAAGAAAUGGACAUUACAAGAGAGUCAAUGGUUUGACAAAAAAGAGGACUGCAUUGCUGAUUUUAAAGAAAAAAUGAAAAAUGGUUAUGACAUUGCAGACAGCUGGGGAUCUGAAGAAUACCUGUUGAAACGCCGAGUUAUGCCGCGAAAAUACUUUCCACACUCCAAAUGUUAAAGAUUCAACAAGGACAAAUAUGCCUAAAAAACUUAAAUUUAAUGACCAUGUGCAAAUUAUUUUAAUUCCUUAUGAAGAACGGAAAGGAAUCUGGAUGGAGUAUGCCAUAGAUAGGGCUCAUUUUAAGAGAAGAAUUCAACAAACAGAGGAUGUUUUAUUACCAAUGCUUCUUCAGAAAUUGAAAACAUGUGCACUUAACAAUAAAACCCAGAACCCCACCCACAUAGAUCAUAAUUGAGGUCACGAUCAAGAGGGUAGUACAUAGUCAGGGGCAGUAUACAGUCAUUGGGUGAGUGUACAGUCAAGGGUUGAGUAUACAGUCAAGGGGGAGUACACAGUCAAGGGGGGAGUACACAGUCAAGGGGGAGUAUACAGUCAUAGACCCACGUGAUUAAAUCAUAUAUAAACUUGAUCGAUUUGAAAGAUUUUCACCAGUCCUGGGCAAGCCUUAGAGAGAAUACAGGUUAACUUUUAUUUUCUUCCUUGUGAGAUUCUUGCUGUGAACAGAGAUGGAGAAUAAACAUCAAAAUCUUAUUAAAGCAAACUACUCCAUAUUGGUGAAGAAGAUGAUGGCAAUUCGAGUUGCGGAACAUCUGUUUGCCUCAAACAUAAUUACCGACGAAAUGAAGCAACAAAUAGAAGCCGAGAAAACCAGUUAUGACCAAAACAGAAAACUGAUUAGUAUCAUUUUACGUCGAGGAUCGAGGGCUUUUGUGGGACUCAGAAUGGCAUUAAUGAAAGCCAAUCAAACUGAUUUAUCGAGACUCUUAAUGAACAAUGACGAUGAUACGAAGUCUGAAUACGAAAAAAAAUUAGCCCAGGCAAGAUCGUUGGUCAUUCCUAUCAAAGAAAGACGGGAAUCAAAGAAAGCUACACAACAGCAGUCUCAGGAGCCAAGAUAUAGAAUAGGUCUGGACGACUUUAAUGACCUGUUUCUCACCGUCAUGCCUUUCAAAGGAACGCUUUAUGUUCACAUUCGUCAUCUCGCAGAAUCUCACGGUCGUCUCAUUGCCACCAAGAAAGGAGUUACCUUUACUUUGGCUCGUUGGUUAAAAUUUGAAUCCCUUAUACCAGAUAUCCAAGACUACAUAGACAACGCUGGAAAAGAGGAUGGAGAAGUACAGUGGCAUAUUGGCGGUGGCGUGUUUGUUUCGUUGUCAUCAGGUUACCCUACAGUUGAUAUAAGACACUUUUGGAAGCCCGACGAUGCCCAAGAACCCAUACCGACAAAGAAAGGAGUCACUUUGAACAGAAACAAAUUAGCCAGACUUAGAGAUGCUCUCAAUGAGAUACAUGAAUCUGUUCCAGAACUAAAAGAUACCGAACUCUGCAUGUUCAGCGAGUCUCAUCAGAAUCAGCUUGGGAUGUUAAACUGUCCUGAAUGUACCCCGUUCGGUUACGAUGAUCAAAACAAUAUGUCCAUUGAAUGUAACGUGGGUGAUUUACAGACCGUCGAAUCAAUUGAGAGUGAUCUUGAUUGACAUUAUGGUCAUGCAUACUGAAUCCAAAAUAAUUAAUGACAAGAAU